AUGGACUCUCAGGAGAUGACCCUAAUCAAUAUCCCCUGGAGUGGUUGUUUGAGCAUCAUGCCUACCCAUGGGAUUAGAGAAUGUAUGUUGCUUCAGUAUUUCUAUGAAGGAUUGCUACAAAUGGAAAGAGAGUUCCUUGAUUCAACUGUUGGUGGAUCGUUUUUGGACAAGAGCAAUGUAGUAGCAAAUGAUCUUUUGGAGAAGAAAGCUAUGAACAACCAACAAUUUGGAACAUCUGCUAGUUCCACACGACUAGUAGAGCUCAAGUUUGUGGAAUCUGUACGGAGGGGCACCCUACUGAUCAGUGUCCUCAAGUUGCUUCUAGUAGAGGGUAUGAGGAAGUCAAUGCCCUUGGUUAUCAAGGAGACCACAAGCUCCACUACUCAAUGUUCCACCUCCCAACGUGGCGAGUACUCUAAUUAUGAUGAGAUGUUGAAAUCUUUAGCUGUUGGACAAAGUCAAUUGAAUACCGUGACUCAAACUUUGGUGGUGGGUCAACAAGCGAAUAGCGAGGACAUUGUGGAGCUAAAAACACAUAUGGGCCAGGUAAUAGACUUCAUGGGCCGUUUUUCUGAGCAAGGGAAGUUGCCAAGUGGUGUCAUACCCAACCCAAACAAUGAGCAAGCCCAAGCUAUCAUGACAAGGAGUGGGCUCGAGCUAAAGGAGCGGCCUAGUGUUGCUAGGAAGACCCAAACGGCCCAUGUUCUUGAGGAGGGUGACAAGAUGACUAUGAUGAAUGACUUGGAGAAAGAUCCAGUUACCUCUAACUCAAUGUUUUCAAAGAGCAAGAAGGAUAAAGCUGAUGAGGAGGUGUUGGAGGUCUUUAGGAAUGUGCUAGUUAACCUUCUAUUGUUGGAGUGUAUCAAGCAGAUCCCAAAGUAUGCGAAAUUUCUUAAAGAGAUUUGCACUUCAAAAAGACAAAUUAGGGAAGAGAAUGUAGUGAAGAUGAAUGAGACAGCCCCGAAGUUAGAUUUGAAGGAGCUUCCAGAUCAUUUGAAGUAUGUGUACCUUGGAAAUGAUGACACUCUACUAGUUAUUGUGUCAUCAACACUGAGUAAGCAACAAGAAGCUAGAUUGAUUGAUGUGCUUUAG